UUUAAAUGUAUCAUUUCAUUCAUAUUUCAGUAUGUGAAAUAAAAACUAAUUGCAAGAAACCACAACCAAUUUACUCGUGCACAUUGAGCGAGGUCUUACACAACACAAAAAAAAUUAAUGACUAAAGAGUCAUGUGGACAUAACAAAAAACCUAAAUCAAGUAAUUUUAGCAUGCCAAAGUCAAAUUUAUGAAUAUAAAAUAUAUUUUCCCCAACAACAAAAUUGUGGCUAGUGAAAAUCUCAAGUGGCUAGUAAUGUUGGAAAAUUACUAGCCACAGCAGCUGGUGAUCAAAAAAGUCAGUGUCAAGCCCUGCUAAAAAGCUAUGUGAAGGCCCUGUUUUAACCAAAUAUAUUACCAUGUGGUUUCAGUGAUUCAGUGAAGCAGAGAUUGGUUACCAGUUUGCCUGCUGUUAAUGUGUUCAAAUGUGUCUCUUGUGACUACUUGUGUCCUCAUUUUGUUUAGACCCAUGAUCCCUCCAAGCAAAUGAAAGUGUAAUCCAUGUGUUUUGUUAUCUCUUGGAGAAAUCCCGUGUGGUAAAGCAGCCUAGGGGGGAAAGGAAUUUCCACAUCUUCUACCAGCUGCUUUCUGGUGCAUCAGAUGACAUGCUCAAAAAACUGAAGCUGGACCGGGACUUCAGCAAGUAUAACUACCUUAGCCUGGAUUCAGCAACUGUCAAUGGACUGGAUGAUGCCACUAGUUUCAGAACUGUCAGAAAUGCGAUGCAAAUUGUGGGCUUCAUGGAGGAUGAGGUACAAUCAAUACUCGAGCUGAUAGCUGCUGUUCUCAAGCUGGGAAAUAUUGAGUUCAAACCAGAGUCUCGAGUCAAUGGCUUUGAUGAGAGUCGAGUCAAGGACAAAAAUGACCUGAAGGAGAUGUGUGAGCUGCUGGGCAUUGAACAGUCUGUGCUGGAGAGGGCUUUCAGCUUCCGUACGGUGGAGGCCAAAAUGGAAAAGGUGUCCACAACACUUAAUGUGGCUCAGGCUUAUUAUGCUCGUGAUGCACUUGCCAAAAACCUGUACAGCCGACUGUUCACCUGGCUGGUAAACAGAAUCAAUGAAAGCAUAAAGGCUCAAACCAAGACACGGAAGAAAGUAAUGGGAGUGCUGGAUAUUUAUGGUUUUGAAAUCUUUGAGGACAACAGUUUUGAGCAGUUCAUCAUUAACUACUGCAAUGAGAAGCUACAGCAAAUCUUCAUUGAACUUACUCUCCGUGAGGAACAAGAGGAGUAUAUCCGUGAAGGUAUUGAGUGGACCAAUAUCGAGUACUUCAACAACGCCAUCAUAUGUGACCUCAUCGAGAAUAACAAGAAUGGGAUUUUGGCCAUGUUAGAUGAAGAAUGUUUGAGGCCAGGAACUGUGACAGAUGAGACUUUCCUGGACAAGCUGAACACUGUGUGCGCUGAACACCAGCAUUUUGAGAGCAGAUUGAGCAAAAACUCCAAGUUCCUCACUGACCAUAGCCUCCCACACAACUGCUUCCGCAUCCAGCACUAUGCCGGCAAGGUGCUGUAUCAGGUUGAAGGUUUUGUGGAUAAAAAUAAUGACCUUCUGUACAGAGAUUUGUCCCAGGCCAUGUACAAAGCCAGUCACAAUCUGAUAAAGCUUCUUUUUCCUGAGGGAAACCCAGCUAAAGUGAACCUCAAGCGGCCCCCCACAGCUGGAUUCCAGUUUAGAGCCUCAGUGGGAACACUCAUGAAAAACCUGCUGACCAAAAACCCUAACUAUAUCAGGUGCAUCAAACCCAAUGACAAGAAAGCAGCCCAUAUUUUCACAGACUCACUAGUGUGUCAUCAGGUGCGCUACUUGGGUCUAAUGGAGAAUGUACGUGUAAGAAGGGCUGGGUAUGCUUUCCGCCAGGCCUAUGAGCCCUGCCUGGAGCGCUACAAGAUGCUCUGCAAACAGACUUGGCCCCACUGGAAGGGCCCAGCCAGGGAGGGUGUUGAGGUUCUCCUGAGUGACCUUCAGGUUCCUGCAGAGGAAUUUGCCUAUGGACGUUCAAAAAUAUUCAUCAGGAACCCCAGAACGCUCUUUUUUUUGGAAGAGAAGAGGGGGCAGUGCCUUGAGGACUUGGCAGCACUCAUCCAGAAGAUCUACCGUGGCUGGAAAUGUCGCACUCACUUUCUCCUUUUGAAAAAGAGCCAGGUGGUCGUGGCAGCCUGGUACCGAAGAUUUGCGCAACAAAAAAAGUACCAGAACAUCAGGUGUUCGGCCUUAGUAGUUCAGUCUUUCAUUCGUGGAUGGAAGGCCCGGAAGCUUUUGCGUGAACUAAAACACAAGAAGCGAUGUGAAGAGGCUGUCACAACAAUUUCAGCUUAUUGGCACGGAACCCAGGCUCGCUGGGAACUGCGUCGUCUUAAGAAGGAGGCAUGGAAUAAACAUGCCGUGUCUGUCAUUUGGGCAGCUUGGCUUGGAACAAAGGCUCGGAGAGAACUGCAAAAGUUAAAGCAUGAAGCUUGUAGUAAACAGGCAGUUUCUGUCAUUUGGGCCUGCUGGCAAGGAACAAAGGCACGUAGAGAGCUGAAGCACUUAAAGGAGGAAGCCAGGCGUAAACACGCCAUUGCUGUCAUUUGGGCCUACUGGUUGGGACUAAAGGUUCGUCGGGAGUACAGGAAGUUCUUCAGAGCCAAUGCUGGCAAGAAGAUCUAUGACUUCACCAUCCAGAGAAUUAUACAGAAGUACUACCUAGGCUUGAAGAAGACAAUGCCUUCCAUGUCACCGAUCGAUAAGAGCUGGUCAACUUGUCCCUAUGGUUUCCUUGAUGGGACACAUCAAGAACUCAGGAGAGUUUUCCAUCUGUGGAGGUGUAAGAAAUAUCGCAGCCAGUUCACAGAGGAGAAGAAGGCUACCUACGAGGAGAAGCUUGCAGCUAGUGAACUCUUCAAAGAUAAAAAGGCCUUGUAUCCUAGCAGUGUCAGUCAACCUUUUAAAGGAGACUAUGUGGAGAUAACCAAGAAUCCAAAGUACCAGAAGCUCAACAGCUUGAUAGAGGACAAAGUUCUUCUUGCAGAUGUUGUCAGUAAAAUCAACCGUGCCAAUGGCAAAGGAACACCAAGAAUUUUCCUCCUGACCAAGAAGUGCCUGGUUCUGGCUGAUCAGAAGACAGGUCAGGUGAAAGCCAGCGUUCCCCUGCCAGACCUCAGCAGUGUUUUUGUGAGCACACAAAAUGAUGGCUUCUUUGCUCUUAAGCUUAGAGAGGGUGCUACAUCUGCAGCCAAAGGUGACUACCUGCUUAGCAGUGAACGACUGAUCGAAAUUAUAACCAAACUUCACUGUACCGGUGCAGCUUCAGCUGACAGGAACCAGAUUAAAAUUGAUAUUUCAGAUGAGUUCUUGGUGCAGUUCAAGCAGGACAAAGUUUGUGUAAAAUUCAUCCAGGGUACUCCAAAGAACAGUAAUAGUGUCUCAUGCAAGCGUAAAAACAAUCGUCUUCUGGAAGUGUCUAUUCCAUCACCAUAAGGAUCAAUCAGCUUAUUCCACUGCAAGGAUGUCACUUCUAAGAUUCUUCACCCUCCACCAAUCCCAUAAUGAUUGUGCAAUAAUCUUGAUCCUGUCAUUUUUCGUUCUCUAUAGUCAAAACAACAGAUUACCGCACCUAAAAUUUUACAGCUUUGCAGUUUUAAAUGUGGGAUAAACAUUUAUAUUUCUCUCUUCCAAGUUCUUGGGACUCAUGAGAAUUAUUAUUUAAUUGUAUAAAUCAUUAUUUUCUGGCAGACAUUCGUUUGGUGAAUCUUCCAUCAUGCUCUGAUCCGCAUUUGCAGUCUUUGAACCAUUGUGGUUGGUUGCAUGAGCCUGUUAAUGAGCAAAAUUGUGUACAUAGAGAUGCUAAAAGGGUUAUGUUGGGCUUCUAGAAAGAUGCUGAAAAGCUAUAAAAAUUAAAUACUGCACUUUUUCGAUGUGGUAGUGGUAAAGAAAGACUGGUUGGAUUGCUGGUUGAUGUGUUUAUUUUUCUGUUGUGUUCAGUUCUCAUCCUGCGUUUUAGUGCAGAAAAGUAAUUUUUUGAAAAAAAUACUCAUCUGACUUGCCAAAUGAAAAAGUAUUCUGUGAUCCAAACUCUAGUGCCAUUUAGCUGUCUCUUUCCUAGAGAAAAAAAUUAUCUUGUAUGAAAGUGUAAAAGGUUCAGACACUUUUUUUUAAUAAGCCAAAUAGUUUUGUAAUAAUAAAUAAUUGUUUUGUUUAUUAUUAUUUCAGUUUAUUGAUAAUUGCCAAACAAUAUAAUUUAAAAUCCUUUUCACAUGUAUUAUGUUUAUCAGUUCUUUCUUUACUUUAAAUCAGAGUAUAGUUUAUCGGAAUUUAGUAUAUUAGAAUGCAGUAUUUGGCUAGUUUCCUGUAAAUUAUGAUUUAGGGGGCCAAAGACUGACAACGGUCCUGCAUUUAUUAUUAUACAUUGCUUUAAAGACCUUCCCUUAACAGUAAACCCAAUUAUAUUGCGUGAAAUUGACUAAGAGUAACAGGAAGAUGUCAUUCUCAUGUCAGGGUUGAUUUUGAGCUGUAAUCAAGUGAUAGUGUUGGUGAGGCCUCACAGAAGAAAACUUGACAUUAUUCUCAAUGCUACAAUUAUGCCUGGUACGAUCUUUGCUAAGUCCUCUCCAGUCACUCCCUUUACCUAAAUCUGCUUGUUUGGAAGGAGGCUAAUAGUAGGUAUAUUAUGUCCUAUACUGUAUCUUGGCAAAUCUCUGCUUUUUUUGCCACUGGAAUGUGGGCUGCAUCACUUUUUUUAGUCACUCACAUGUUAUUAAUAAAUCCUUUCAAGGCCUGA